AAAAAUAAGUUUGAUUGUUCAAUUAAAUGCAUGUACACUUACCAAACAAAACAGACUCAUCCAAAUUGUGACAAUCUUGAAGGGUGACAAAAUUGCGAAAAUCAAAUCGGAACAUUGGAAAGUUGACAUAGCACUCCAAUACGUCAGUUUUGCCGUAAAUAAUCAUUUUAUAAGGCGCACAUGUCGAUCUAUAGUUACCAAUAUUAGAUUCAACUCGGUAAUUUCGAAUGAUAAAAAAACAGUUGUUCCAGAAUACAGUGGUUGUUGUAUGAAUGGGAUCAUACAACUUCCUAUUCUUCUGAAUCCACCACACUAUUUAAGUGAAUUGUUCCAUGGAGAUAGCCGCAUUAGCAAACACUUUCAAGACAACAUUAGAUCUUAUAAUAGCAUGUUCGGGUUUACUUCGUUGGGAGGGAAGAUUAAUUCAGAUGUGAACAAUGGGUCAGGGCCACCGGUUUUCAGUUUGCACGGACAAAACUAUCAUCUCAUGGGUAGUUUACUUCCUUCUGAAGGUUCAACUCCUAAGUUUGCUCAGCUUUAUAUAUAUGACACCGAUAAUGAAGUAACCAACAGAAUGAAUGCUGUGAGAAAUGUUGAUGGUGCUACUGGUUUGCAUGAGGAGAUUGUUGCUGGUUUGACAAGAAUGUUGGACGCGCACAACGAACUUGUAAAAUCAUUUCGUUUGGCUAGAGAAAGAAUUCAAGAACAUGGUGACUCUAAUGUUAGAGUUCGCCUGAUUGGAAGGAGAUACAGUGAUGCCAGACGUUAUAACUUGCCUACAAGUUCUGAAGUUGCUGUACUGGUCGUUGGAGAUUUCGAUCAAGCUAUGGGUGAGAGGGAUAUAUUGGUGGAAACCAAGAGCGGACGACUUCAGCGAAUAAAUGAACUUAAUGCUUCAUAUUUGGCUUUACAAUAUCCCCUUCUAUUGCCCUAUGGAGAGGAUGGGUAUAGAGAGGACAUCCCAUUUUCAGAUCUGAAAGUUGAAAAAGAAAAUGGUCGAAAAACUGUGAGUGUUAGGGAAUACUUUGCAUACCGAAUCCAUGAUAGGAAACACGAGCCAUCCACUAUUCUUUCUGCGAGAAGAUUGUUUCAACAGUUUGUCGUUGAUGCAUAUACCAUGGUUGAAUCAUCGAGGUUACGAUAUAUACGCUUCAAUCAGAAUCGACUCCGUUGUGAUAUUUACAAUAGACUAGCGGAUGCUGUUCUCCAAGGCGAUAUCGACCCAAGCUCUCGAGGUAAGAGAAUUAUUCUGCCUUCUUCAUUCACUGGGGGACCUCGAAACAUGAUUCAAAACUAUCAAGAUGCAAUGGCAAUAUGCGGAUGGGCAGGUUAUCCAGAUUUGUUUAUAACAUUCACUUGCAAUCCAAAAUGGCCAGAGAUUCUUCGCUUUUUGGAACCAAGGAAAUUGCGACCUGAGGAUCGCCCGGAUAUUGUUUGCCGCGUUUUUAAAUCAAAACUGAAGGAAUUAAUUCGGGAUUUUCGAAAGAGAGAAAUUUUUGGUAAAGUAAUAGCAGUUGUCUACACCAUUGAAUUUCAAAAGCGUGGACUGCCUCAUGCGCAUAUACUACUAUUUCUUAGCAAGGAAAACAAGUUCCCAGAUCCGUCAGACGUAGACAGAGUAAUAUCUGCGGAGAUACCUGAUGAGACGACGGAUCCUUUGUAUUAUGAAGCAGUAAAAGAGCACAUGAUCCACGGACCUUGUGGUUUGGCUAGAAAAUCAUCUCCGUGCAUGGUGGAUGGAAAAUGUAGUAAACGGUUUCCAAAAAAGUUUGUUGAUUUCACCACUGUCGAUGAUGAUGGUUAUCCACGAUACAAACGUCGAGACGAUGGAAGGCAUAUUGAAAAAAAUGGAGUCGUUGUCCAUAACGGUUAUGUCGUGCCUCACAAUCGCAAGUUGUUGAUGAAGUAUGGAGCGCAUAUUAACGUCGAGUGGUGUAAUCAAUCACGAUCCAUAAAGUACCUUUUCAAGUACGUCAAUAAAGGUCAUGAUCGUGUCACCGCAUCAUUCUAUCAGACGAAAGGGUAUGGAGAGAUAGAAAAACCCGUUGAUGAGAUCAACAUGUUCUAUGACUGUCGGUAUGUGUCUUCUUGCGAGGCGGCGUGGAGGUUGUUGGGUUUUGAACUUCAGUACAAAAAGCCGUCUGUGCAACGUCUGAGUUUCCAUUUGAAAGGUGAACAUAAUAUUGUUUUUGAGGAUGAUGAUCGUAUUGAUGAAGUUCUCAAUAAUCCCACUGUCAAUGAGAGCCAAUUUUUGGCAUGGAUGGAAGCGAACAAGAUGUAUGAUGAGGCAAGGGAAUUGACAUAUGUUGAGGCACCGACAAAAUUUGUUUGGAACAGAAAAGAGAGAGUCUGGACUCCUCGAAUAAGGCCAGGUUGUAUAGGUCGUUUGAGCUAUGUUCCUCCCAAUGCUGGUGAUAAUUAUUAUUUGAGGUGUUUGGUCAAUGUUGUUCGUGGAGCUACUUGCCAUGAGGAUUAUAUGAAGGUAGGCGAUGUUCAGUAUAUGUCCUAUCGCGAUGCUUGCUAUGCACGAGGUUUGCUGGGUGAUGAUCGAGAGUACAUUGAUGGAAUUACCGAAGCAAGUCAGUGGGCAUCUGCUGAAUCUCUUAGGCGCAUGUUCGCGUCUUUAUUGGUUUCUGGAUCCUUAGGCAAACCCGAUGAAGUUUGGGAGCGGUGUUGGCAAUUUUUAUCUGACGACAUCCUAUACAAGCAACGACGUCUCUUCGAUAAUGAUG